UUGUUUUGUUUUAUUUUAUUUUAUUUUUCCAAAAACAUGAAACAUCGAAAAAAGCGAUGAUAAAAAAAAGAUAAGAAUUAGAUGAAAAGUGGAAAAAUUUAAUGUAAGCGCCAAGCAGCAAACACUCGCAACUCGUCCAACGCCGUAUGGCGUAUUUUGUGUCACCGUAAUCUUUCGCAUUUCAAGGAAUCGGGUUUGGGCAUUUUUAUUUUCUGUUACUCUCGACGUGCAAAAAUUGCGACUCGAUGUGUUUGUUUUCGUUGGUCAAAUUGACGAAAGUUUUCUUUAGCAUCGCGCGUUUGUCGCGAAAUAAGACGACGAUAUUACGCUCGAAUCAACGUCAAAUUCGCCAGAGUAGCGACGAUGAACUGAGAAAUUCGUGACAACAUUACGCGCGUACCUACUGCAUCGCUGUUCUUUCGCUAAAAUCACCGACCACCGACCACCGUAAUCGUAUGUAAACAAGUAUUCUUCCACAUCCGCGUAGUUACUACGACUACGACUACGACUACGAGGCACGAGCUACAGCGUCAGCGAAUCGACGAUGGCCCGAUGACGGAAAAUCGUUUUUAAAUUUUGUAGGGUGCGCGUGUGUUUUGGCGAAAAAUCUGCCAUCAAAUUUUGCCGGGUAUAUACGUACGUCUUAACGUCUACGUGUAAUAUUGAUGGACGUUACGACGAUCGACAAUCGACAUCGUUUCGCAUCAUGACCACGGAAUGCGAUAAUAAACUAAACUACUUCCACUGUACGGAAGACAGCGAGUUGUAUAGCGUGAUAGAGCAGUACGCGGCCGACGUUCGCAGUUUCAGCUCUCAAUAUGGCAGCGAAAUUAGCAUUUCGUAUACCGCUUAUAACAUCUGCGGCAAGCCGAGCAAGUUCCCAGCGUACGGCGAUUUUCCGCAAACUUUCGUCAUGAGAACUUACGGCAAGUGGUGGGACGAAGCUCCUUCGCGAAGAGUACCGAUAAUGCCGCAAAAUAAUCGCAACAUUCGGAGUCAAGACUAUAUCGAUAUCACGUUCGAACAUAAAGUAAGACCUUUGAGCGUCAACAUAUACGAAACUUACCAUCCGGGCUCGGUGGUGCGCAUCUGGGCUAGCGACGGAGCGAACAAAUGGAGUCUGCUGUGGGAAGGCAAACCGCAAAUUCGCGAACACAGUCCUAAUAUUUUUUCGCCCGACAUAAAUCGAAUCAGUUAUCAUACCAAUCUGCUGCGCAUCGAAUUCGAUCAUUCGCAUUUGGAUUAUUACACCGAAAUAGACGCCGUCAGUAUGACCGGAUUGCGUAAAAAUACCAAAACAUCGCAGCCGUCAUCGCCGUCGUCCACCAAGCUUUCCAUCAACGACGACGAUGACGACGAUCGUACGCCCGCUCUCGAAUGCAAACAAAUUCAGAGUGAUCAUCGUAUCGACGAGACGCGGCCAGACUCGAUUUGCGCUACGAAAAAUUACAACGGAAAUUUUUCCGUGUUACCGGAUGAAACCAUUCUGAAGAUAUUCUCGUACUUGGACCUAGUAUCUUUGAGUCGUUGCGCUAGAAUCAAUUCGCACUUUAAUUCGUUAGCGACGGAUUCCUUAUUAUACACGUCUUUAAAUUUAAAGCCGUAUUGGCAUUUAGUCAACGCCAAUUCGCUGGAUAUUUUAUCGUCGCGAUGCGAAUAUCUACAAAGGUUAGAUUUGUCUUGGUGCGGAAGCUUUCCUACGGACGUUUCGCCCAAAAUAUUCUGCGAGUUUAUCGAAAAUUGCGGAAAAUCGUUGACUCAUAUUAGAUUAGAUUGUUGCCAGUUUGUUUGCAACUGUUGCAUAGAAAUGAUAUCGCAAAUAUGUAAAAAUCUAACCGAAUUAACUUUACAAAAUUGCACCAGCGUCAACGAUCGAGGUUUUAGUUAUUUAUCAACGUUGAGAACUAUCGAAAGACUGGAUUUAUAUCGCACCUUGAUCGAAGCUCCCUCUCUAAAAGAAAUAUUGAAAGCGUCGCCGCAUUUAAAGCAUAUCAAUCUGGGUUCUUGUCGACGAAUAUCUUGUAUGGACGAGAUCGCUCAAAUUUUAGGAACUCACAAUAAGGAAUUAAUAUCGGUAGACUUUUGGAAAACGUACAGUUUGACGCCCACCGGUAUAAAAUACCUGAGUCAAUGCAGUCUUCUGGAAGAAAUCGACAUCGGUUGGUGCCUAGGAGUUAGCAUACCGGGAGAUUGUUUUCUGUCUUUGGCGAUGGGAUGCCCGAGACUGCGAAAAUUGUUUAUGGGCACGUUGCGAGGAAUAAACGACCGCGACUUGUAUCCGUUCAUUUACAAUUGUCCCAAUUUAGAGCAAAUCGAUUUGUUGGGAAAUAGAGGAAUUACGUCGGAAGUUUGCAUCAAUAUUCUGAAAUCGUGCAAAAGACUGCGCUUUCUGGAUGUCAGCUUUUGCGAUCAAGUCAACGACGUCGAAGUUCAAGAAUGGAAAGAACUAUUCCCCAGCGUCGACAUCAAACGUAGCUUUCAAAGCGAACCCGAAUGUACUUGCGCGUUUGCCAAUCAUUACUGACGCGGCAG